AAAAUUUAGAACAAAUUGUGAUGUUCAAAGCUCAAAUAAUCUGCAAAAAAAGUUAAUAAAGAUGGAAUUAACGAAUAGAGAAAUUGCUAGAUACAGUCGACAAAUUAUUUUGCCUGGCAUUGGUGUAAAGGGGCAAAAGCGACUUAAAGCAUCAUCAGUUCUAAUCGUCGGUGCCGGUGGUCUUGGUUGUCCUGUUUCUUCAAAUCUUGCUGGAGCUGGAAUUGGUACUCUUGGAAUUAUUGAUUAUGAUAACAUUGAAAUCACAAAUCUUCACCGUCAACUUUUACAUUCCGAAAGUUCCAUUGGAAAAUCUAAAGUUGAAUCAAUUAAAAAUUUCAUAGCCAAUCUUAACUCUGAUGUUAAAGUGCAGACUCAUCAAGUUCUUUUAAAUUCGAAAAAUGCGUUGGAAAUCAUAACAAAGUAUGAUUUAGUAGUAGAUGCAAGUGACAAUGUUGCUACCAGAUAUUUACUUAACGAUGCUUGCGUUUUGGAAAAUAAAACUCUGAUUUCUGGAUCAGCAUUGCAAAUGGAAGGACAGAUGACAGUUUAUAAUUAUAAGAAUGGUCCAUGUUAUCGUUGCAUAUUUCCUAAACCACCACCUCCAGAAACUGUCCAAAAUUGUGGCGAUGGAGGAGUUUUAGGAGCAAUCACUGGCGUCAUUGGCUCUUUACAAUCAAUGGAAGUCAUUAAAGUAAUUUUAGAUCACGAUGAUGUUCUUGCUGGUAAACUUCUCUUGUAUGAUGGUGCUUCUUGCUCAUUUAGGACCAUAAAGUUACGGAAUAAAAGACAAGAUUGUGAUGUGUGUGGUGUGACACCAAAUAUAACAAAACUUAUUGAUUAUGAGCAAUUUUGUGGCAUGGCAGCAAGUGAUAAAGAUUCGGGAUUGAACAUUCUCGAAAGCAAUGAGAGAGUUACUGUUGAAGAUUACAGAAAUUAUAACAAAGAUCAUCUUCUCAUCGACGUUAGAAGUGCGAAUGAAUUUGAAAUUUGCAAGUUAAACAACGCAAUCAAUAUUCCUAUUAAACGUUUACUUGCUGACAAAAUCGACAAUGAUUUGAAAGAAGAAAUGAAAGAGAAAUCAGUUUUUGUCGUUUGCAGACGAGGAAACGAUUCACAGUUGGCAGUUCGACAUCUUAACGAAAAACUUGGUAUAAGAUCGAAGGAUCUGAUUGGAGGAUUACAUUCGUGGACACAUACAAUCGACAAAGAUUUCCCAAUUUAUUGAAAAGAAUUUUAAUAUUUAUUAUGGAUUUUUAAAAAGUCAAGAAAAGGUUAAGUUUAUUAACAUAUGAAAGGUUUUUUACUAAUUAAAAAUAUCUAUUAUUAAUAAAAGGUCUUUUAUAAUGUCCUAUUCUUAUGAA